AUGGUCGACCCGGUGGCCAAGCCACUCGAGGAAACGGAGAGCGGCGACUUUUUAAGAGAAGGUAUACUGCCACCCCAAUCCAGUUCACACGGGAAGCCGGGUAGGCUUCUGCGAUGUGGGUCGGACCUCCGGGCAGCAGAGGCGUUACGAGCUGUUCUGGAGCAGCAGCACCAAGAAGUGCUCCAACGGUUUGACUUGCAGGCACAGCAGCUAAGCAAGCUUCAAAAGUUGCUUCCCACGGCUUCGGCCCGUUUCGCGGCUGGAGUGGUCGAAGAUGGGGAUGGAUCCAGAUCAAUGCCCGCGCUGGCGAUUCCUGCGUCAAGGCAGCGGAGACAGUCCUUUACACCGCUUCGCUUCCAGACCUUCGAAGAGGAGGAGAAUAAGCGGCGGGAGGCAGCAUUGCACGAGAGCCAGAUUCACAGCAGCAUGGAAAGGACGAAUUCUGAACCCUUAAGGGAAGGAUUCUUGACGAGACUAGUCAAGUCGAACCACUUUGAGAUGUUCUUCACCUGUGUCGUUUUGACGAACUCCAUCUUCAUCGGUAUCGAUGUUCAGCUCAGCACGCAAAGCCCCGAAGACACCCACUGGGCGAUUCAGGUAGUGCAGUACAUGUACACGGCGCUGUUCACGAUAGAACUGCUGCUGCGACUUUCUGUCCAUGGGCGGAGUUUCUUUUGCAGCCCAGAUUGGUUGUGGAACUGGCUAGACAUCUUUAUUGUCGCAACCUCGCUUUGGGAAGUCAGCAUCGAUGUUGUCGCAGGCAUCCUGGGAGCCGCUGCCGAAUAUGGAAGCGUGGAGGGCAUGACUGGAUUGAGAGCGUUUCGGAUCAUCCGAGUCACUCGCAUCGCCAAGACGGUGCGGUUGCUGCAUAUUUUUCGUUUCAUUCUGGCCUUACGGAUGCUCGUGACGUCGAUCAUCAACACAUUGAAGUCCUUGCUGUGGGCCUUGAUCUUAUUGAUACUGAUCAUUUAUGUAUUUGCAGUACUUUUCGCCCAGGCAGUUGCUUCUUAUUUGGCAGAUGGCCCGGUAUCUGAUUUGGAGGAGCAAACGUUGAUCAGAUAUUAUGGAAGUCUGUGGACGACCAUGCUCCAUCUCUUCAUGAGCAUUUCUGGCGGGAUAAGUUGGGUGGAGCUCAUCAAUCCACUGGAACAAAUCUCCCUCGCUUGGGUGUUACUAUUUCUAUUUUUUAUUUCAUUCACCUACUUCGCAGUAUUAAAUGUGGUUACUGCCGUCUUCUGUCAAAGCGCAAUUGAAGGAGCACAGAAUGAUCAUGCUGCAAAGGUGCAAUCGGUUCUAGCAGACAAGCAGGCGCACUUGGAGAAAGUCCGCACGCUCUUCAGCAAGUUCGGAGCUGAUGAUGGAGUCAUCACGUUUGGGAUUUUCGAAGACAAGAUAAACAGCCCUGCUGUGAAGGAAUACUUUGCAACUUUGGGUCUGGAGGUCUAUGAUGCUUGGUCCUUCUUUAAGAUGCUAGACGUUGAUGGUGGUGGUGCGGUCGAGAUCGAGGAGUUUUUACUGGGUUGCUUGCGCCUGCGAGGUCAAGCUACAGCCAUGGACGUGGCAAAAGUCAUGAACGAUAUCAGUUGGCUCAUCAAAUCGCAAGGGCAGUUUCACGCAUAUGUGGAAGUGGAGCUGAAGCAUCUAAAGGAUGACCUUUUCGGCCGCGCAAGCGUGACGACAAAGUCUCCUUCACAACCUGAAGAUUAA